AUGAGUAGGUCGCAAUCGCCCACUCUCAAGUUUGCUGCGCCAAAAGCCUCCAAUGCCUUCCUGCCUAAUAGAAGCACAGGAACCUUUGUCUUGGACGAAAACCCGCGCGCUCUUACUCCCGAUUCGCCUCUGCCGACCCAACUUCCUAAAGCGACAGUUACCUUUGCCCAUCAUUAUCAAUGCGCCCUGGAGCUUGGACCCAGGAUGACAGAAGGCCAUGUUGAGCUGCCUCAUCCUGUCCAAUGCCAAGGCGCCAAACCCCCUGUCAUCUUCAGUGAUGCGACGUGA